GUGCUGGACGGUUUAAUGUGAGGAAGCUGGUCUGGAAAGGUGGAGACGAAUGCAGCAAGAGCACCCUGAGUCUUUAGGAAAAUAAAAGGCCGACUUUAGCAGCUAAUAUUAGAGAGUAAACCGGUCACCAUGUUUUCGUGGAGAAUGGUGACAGUUGGACUUUUCUACUGCUACGUCAGGACAGACGGCACAAAUUCCCAGACGGAAGCCCUGUUUCCAGCUGGAGUGACCAGAGGAUCUACGACGGCGGUAAAUCCAACGUUUUAUAACACCAUCAGCGACGCCCAUUUGUUAUUUGAGAUCCUGAUGGCUGGCGUGCAUUUUGAGCCCAGCGGCGAGUUUUCAGUUGACGACGCUGAGCUGUCUUCGCUCCAUCAGACAAGAAAUCUGGACAUCAUCUGCGAGGAGGUCCUUCCCAAGAAGCUAGCAGAUGUGUUCAGGCUCAUAUCGAAGCUUUCGAGUCACCGCGGCCCGCUGCACCAGGAGGACUUUGAGCGAAUCGUGAUGACCCUCGUGUACACAACCCAGAAGAUGAUCGGCUCUGAUUCUGUACACCAAAGGGAAAUGUGGGGAGAGUCCUUUGUUGGUUUGUACAAAGCCAUCAAAAGAGACCUGACAUAAGGACAAACUAAGUGGUGAUCUGUAUUAAAGGUUACAUGUUUAA